GAGCUGCGUGGUUGAAGCGGCCACUCUUCCUAAUGGCGGCCAGUGGGCUCCUGCUGGUGCUGUCGGCCGUGUUACUGAUGAGCGGCUAUGACUACAGACACACCGGCGCAUCAUUUCCCGACAUGAAGAGUAGACUCUACGAUGUGGAGCUGGGCAUGAACAACCUCUAUGAUGCCCUGCGAGGCUUCCAGCAGAAACAAGCAAGCAUGAUGGCGCUUCUUGAAAAAAGCAGUGCCCGAGUGAACAAUGCAACCGAGGCCAAAGGAGAGCAGGAAGCCGAUGCACAGGUUCAAACCAAAAAGGAAACGCCUAAAAUGAAAAAGUACAAAAAACUGUUCCCUCAGUCCUACCUGUUCAGAAAGUGGGGGUAUGAUCUGCCUGAAGACGAACAGAGGGAGGCCCAACGUUUGUAUCAGCAGUAUGGCUACAACGUCUACCUCAGCGACCGCCUUCCAUUAGAUCGAGCUCUACCAGAUACCAGAGAUCCAAAGUGUUUAACAAAGACUUACCCAGAAGAUCUACCAAGUCUGGGGGUGGUGAUAAUCUACCUGAACGAGGCCCUGUCUGUCAUCAAAAGAGCCCUGCGCAGCAUCAUCGACCGCACUCCUCAGCACCUGCUCAAGGAGAUCAUACUGGUGGAUGACAACAGCUCUAAUGAGGAUCUGAAGGGAGACCUUGACCAGUACGUGGAGCAGAUGCAGCAGCAGAACCCCAGUGUUCAUAUAACAAGAGUGAGACAUCAGCAGCAGCAGGGGCUCGCUCAUGCCAGGGUUUCUGGCUGGAGGGCUGCUACUGCUGACGUGGUGGCUAUUCUGGACGCUCAUGUUGAAGUUCAUCUCAGGUGGGCAGAACCACUGCUGACACAGAUCCAAGCCGACCGAACCGUGGUGGCGUCUCCCGUGUUCGACAGGGUCAACUUUGAUGACCUCGAGGUCACCAACUACCCUGCAGCUGCACACGCAUUCGACUGGGCCUUGUGGUGCUUGUAUGAGAGCUUUUCUCCUGACUAUUACCUGCUCAAAGACCGCUCUCUGCCAGGAAAGAGUCCGUCUGUAAUGGGGAUCCUAGUAGCUGAUAGGGAGUAUCUUGGAGAAAUUGGAGCUCUAGAUGAAGGAAUGAAAGUGUACGGGGGAGAAAAUGUGGAGCUAGGAAUUCGUGUAUGGACGUGUGGAGGGAGUAUUGAAGUGGUUCCAUGCUCCAAGAUUGCCCACAUUGAGAGGAGCCACAAGCCCUACUUGCCUGACCUGAGUGUGGCCAUGAAGAGAAAUGCGCUGAGGGUAGCAGAAGUCUGGAUGGACGAAUACAAACACAAUGUCAACAUGGCCUGGAACCUUCCAUUUGAGAAUCACGGGAUUGACAUUGGCGAUGUUUCAGAGCGGAAAAAACUCAGACAGCAGUUGAAGUGUAAACCUUUCAAAUGGUAUCUGGAGAAUGUGUACCCCAAGUUGGAUCCCUGGGACAACAUACUCGCCUAUGGAGCAAUGAAGAAUCUGGAUGCAAACUUGUGCAUCCAGGGGCCUGCGACUGGGCACACCCCUGUUUCCUACAACUGUCACACCUAUAGAUCUCAGCACACUUUCUACCGCCAAAGUGGUGAGCUCUACGUCGGAGGCAUGAAGUCGCACAAAUACAGCGACAACCACUGCUUGACCGACACAGGCGGCACACACACCGACCCUGGUUUGUACAACUGCAAAGAGGCCUUGCGGACAGGAAUGAGCAUCUAUUGGGACUUCACACAGGUUGACAAGGAAUUUCUCGACAAGCAGGUUGCUGAGAAGUUGACUAGGAAAACGGCAGAAAAAGACCAACAAGACGCCAAUGAUGCUGCCAUGUUGCAGAGUGCCAGACAAGUUUGCCUGCUCCAUCAUCAACAAGUGAAGGCCAAACGUGACGUGGAGAAGGCAGUGGUGGACUAUCGUCGUCAGUACCAGCAGGGUUUGAGCCCAAAAGAUGUGCCUGCACGUGAAGCACUUCUGACGCUUCCUGGUCUGCUGGGGGAGGACCCUGACAGCAGCAGGCGAGUGCAGAGGCAGAAAGAGCAGCUCAAAGCGUGGCUCCUCCAGCAACGGGAUGAACAGGCUGAGAAAAGUCACAGACACAAGAUGGAGAAGUUGCAUGACGACCGACGUAGGGUAGACUUGGACAAUGACGCCCUCAAGCUGCAGAACAUUGAGCUGGAGAGAAGGAAAGCUGCAGCGGUUGCUGCAAAAGAGUGGAAUAUGACAAUGAUGACAAAGACAGAAGGAAGGCGGCAUCAGGGGAGUAACAUGAAGAACAUGGAGUCCGAGCAGGUUCAGCACGAGGUCAGCAUGAUGGGAGCCCCUGGACUUUGUCCCAGCAGCGACAGGAAGCCGCCUCCUGAGAGCUUGGAGAGAAUCAAUGAAUUCCACCAGCAUCAAAUUGAAGAGAAAAAGAGGACAGAUAUGGAGAAGAAGAAAGAGGAGAUGCGACAUGAUGGAGUCCGGCUGGACUCUGCUCGUAUUGCUGUGCUCAUGGAGAGACAGCAAGCCCGACACAAGAAGCAGCUAAGACGACAUGUGGACACCACCAACAAACAUCUGGCUGCAUCACCACAGCACAGGGAAGUGGGCAUUGGGAGGGGACACAUCGAUGAAAGCUUCUUCUCCAAAUUUAACACCAGCAGCCGCUGAUUUAUGUGACGCUCAUUCAAGCCUGCAAUGCCAUUCAUUUGUGUUCCACAAUAAAAUACCAC